UAUGCCCAAUUCACCGGGUGGACCGGGCCGUCCACCUAAUAACGGUUCUGGCCCCAUAAAAGUAACUUUGCACAAAAAUCGAAAAGACUCCGACGAAUGGUCAACUGCCAGUGCGAAACCAUCCGUUCGCCUGUUAUCUGUAAUAAGUGUCUUCGCUACGGACACACAGCCAAAUUUUGCAGAAGUAAGGCACGGUGUGCCUGUUGUGGUGCUAACGAUCAUAUUGCCACCGAUUGCCCUAUUAAAGACAACUCUACCCCAUCAUGCUUACAUUGCAAAGGAUCCCAUGAGGCUACAGAUCGCUCAUGUCCUGAAUGGUCCCGUCAAAAGGAGAUUAAAAAAAUCAUGGCUGUUGAAAACAUUUCGUACAACGAUGCCAUUUUUAUAUUUAAGAAUAACAUUGUUAAUAAAUCUAAAACUUUUUCGAAUAGUGUUUCAAACAAUGCAAAUAUUAUAAAUAACGCCAGUGCUCCUCAAAACCCUAUAUCUAUAGAAUCUUUUCCGAGCUUGACACAAUCAUUCUCCAAAAAAAGUAGAAAUACGUAUCAUGGUAAUAAAAACGGUGACCAAACUAUCAACCCGCAUUUUGUCUCUAAUAAAAGUAAUGAUUGGUCUUCUCCCAACGGUUCGUUUCUUGAAUACAUGUCCACUAACUCCUAUGCCCAACCUGCUGAGAAAUCCUGGAUCUUUGGCUAAUCAACUCUCUUCAGCUAUAUACAAUAUUCCUUCCUCUACAUUAUCAUCCCCCUCAACCCUAAAUCAAUUAAUUGAGUCUCACAUCCUUAACUUUCUCUCUUUAUCAUCUAAUAACAGUUUGCAGUAACUUCCUCAUCUCACCACAUUUUAUCAUCAUUAUUGUU